AACGAGAUCUGUUGAUAACCUGAAAGUGUCAUUUGACGACACGUAAAGCAUGGGUCCAUGUUCUUGGUGCUGAUCUGGAUGGUGUACUUAAUCCCUCGCGGCACGCCAAAUCGUUUCCUCCUUUUACCGCUUGGAAUGGCAAUUCACGUCACUCCAAAUGCUAAACCAAAAUCCAGAUCUCCAAUUCUGCUGCUUGCCCUGGCAAUCACUGCAAUCGCGCUAUUGUUCCUGUUUCGCUCUCUGGUUUCCACAACCGGAUCCUCACUCCUCAUCUCAACAUCCCUUCAAAACGAGGUGAAACAGAGGCGCCAUGAAAGGUACUUGUACUGGGGCACUAGAAUUGACUGCCCUGGAAAACACUGCGACACUUGUGCAGGUUUGGGUCAUCAGGAGUCCAGCCUCAGGUGUGCCCUUGAAGAGGCCAUGUAUCUUCAGAGAACUUUUGUCAUGCCAUCAAGGAUGUGUAUUAAUCCAAUGCAUAAUAAGAACGGGAUCCUUCAUCUGUCCAAUACCUCCAGUUCAGGGGCAAGUUGGGCAGCAAGUUCUUGUCCCAUGGACACUUUAUAUGACAUGGACCUCAUAUCUGAGACUGUUCCUGUUAUUUUGGACAAUUCAAAAGAGUGGUAUCGGGUUCUAUUAACAAGCAUGAAGUUGGGAGCACAAGGGGUUGGUCAUGUGGAAGGAGUUAGGCGCAUUGAUCUUAAAGAAAAUAAUAAAUUCUUCAAUCUCUUGCUCAUAAACAGGACUGCAAGCCCUCUUUCCUGGUUUAUGGAAUGCAAGGAGCGUAACAAACGAAGUUCUGUAAUGUUGCCAUAUUCAUUUUUGCCCUCAAUGGCAGCAAGGAAGCUUAGAGAUGCAGCUGAAAAGAUCAAAGCAGACCUUGGAGAUUAUGAUGCCAUCCAUGUUCGUCGUGGUGAUAAAUUAAAGACGAGGAAGGACAGAUUUGGGGUUGAGAGGAGCUUGAGUCCUCACCUUGAUAGGGAUACACGGCCUGAGUUUAUUCUCUGCAGAAUUGCAAAAUGGGUCCCUGCAGGAAGAAUCUUGUUUAUUGCUUCGAAUGAGAGGACUCCUGGAUUUUUUUCACCACUUUCUGUCAGGUAUAAAUUGGCAUAUUCAUCAAACUAUAGCCACAUGCUGGCUCCCCUGAUCGAGAACAAUUACCAGCUAUUCAUGAUCGAGAGGCUUGUCCUGAUGGGUGCUAAAACGUUCAUAAAAACUUACAAGGAAUACGAGACAGAUCUAAGCCUUACUGAUGACCCGAAAAAGAACACUAAAAACUGGCAGAUACCUGUUUACACCAAGGAUGAAAGUACAUGCUAACGCUAACCCUCACAUGAUACUGAAAUUUCUUUGUAAUUAAAAUUUCAGGCAGAAAUUCUGGGUGUUGCGAAUUAUAGGCUGAUAAGUUAAAAUUGUAAAUUUUCACAAGUCGGCAAAAUUACAUUUAUUCGUUAUUCGUAUGUUCAACAAAAAAAAAAAAAGGUAUCACAGUGCGGCACUGUCUUUUUCAUUUAAGCUGUAGGCUUGUCUUCUAGUGAAGUCUUGAUCAGUAGGGUAACAACUCAUUCGUUAUUCGCAACUACUGUGAUGGUGGAGAGUCCACUGCUUAUUUUAAUGGAGUACACUUGUCUGCUUGUUCAA